AUGGAGGCUCUCAAGAAGGUUUUUGAAACAAAGAAUAGGGAGAGCAGCCCAGCAUUGGUGACCUUCCUAACGGCAGGUUAUCCCACCGUCGAGGCCACUGUGCCCAUGCUUCUUGCAAUGCAAGAGGGUGGUACCGAUAUUAUUGAGCUUGGCAUACCUUUCUCCGAUCCCAUGGCAGACGGCCCUGCCAUCCAAGAGACUAAUAUCGUCGCUCUCGAGAACAAUGUUGAUUAUGCAACAUGCCUAGGACUUUUACGAGAUGCUCGGAAUAAUGGACUUACGGUUCCCGUCCUGUUGAUGGGAUAUUACAACCCAUUUCUUGCUUAUGGUGAAGAGAAGGCAAUUCAGGACGGCGCAGAGGCAGGAGCGAACGGCUUCAUUGUGGUGGAUCUUCCGCCCGAGGAGGCAAUCGCGUUCCGUGAUAAAUGUACAAAAGCCGCUGUUUCGUACAUCCCUCUUGUCGCCCCAUCUACUUCCGCUCAUCGAAUUGAGUUUUUGGCCUCAAUAGCGGAUUCAUUUAUCUACAUUGUCUCGAAGAUGGGUACAACAGGUUCCAGUAUCACCGGACACAUGAACACCGCUCUGCCCAAUCUGAUCAACCGUGUUCGUGAAUACACAGAUAUCCCUCUUGCAGUUGGUUUCGGCGUAGCAACUAGGGCCCACUUCGAAGAGGUUGCAGCAGCUGGUGCAGACGGCGUUGUCGUCGGAAGCCGGCUUGUGUCCAUUAUCAAGACGUCGCCUCCUUCACAGGCAGUCAAAGCUGUGGAGGACUUCUGCCGUGAGAUCAGCCUGAAGGGUCAGCCUCCUAAAAAAUCGGCUUUGACGUCUUCUCAUGCAAAGUCUCACGCGAGUGUGAAAUCCGGCCAGAGUGCAUCGAGUCACGCCGUUGACCACAACUUGCUUCCCCCACGUUUUGGAGAGUUUGGCGGACAGUACGUUCCGGAAGCCCUCUGGGACUGUCUGGUGGAGCUUGAAGCCGUGCACCAAUCUGCAAUGAAGGACCCGGAGUUCUGGAAGGAAUUCGAGGGCUUGUAUGGUUACAUGAACCGUCCUUCUAAGCUAUACAGAGCAGAUAGAUUGACGGAACAUGCGGGCGGAGCCACCGUCUGGUUGAAACGCGAAGACCUGAAUCACACAGGGUCGCAUAAAAUUAACAAUGCAAUAGGUCAGAUUCUCCUAGCCAAACGUUUAGGAAAGACACGCAUUAUAGCUGAGACUGGUGCGGGCCAGCAUGGUGUAGCGACUGCCACCGUCUGUGCUCGCUUUGGCUUGCAAUGCGUCGUCUACAUGGGUGCCGAAGAUGUGAGGCGCCAGGCACUCAACGUCUUCCGGAUGCGGAUGCUGGGAGCUACGGUGAUCCCUGUAGAGUCUGGCUCACGCACUCUGAAAGAUGCGGUGAACGAGGCCUUGCGCGACUGGGUCACCAACCUCUCCAACACUCACUACCUCAUCGGGUCUGCGAUAGGUCCGCAUCCCUUUCCCACUAUCGUGCGCGACUUCCAGCGGGUCAUUGGCAAGGAGAUCAAGGAGCAGCUGCACGAACAAAUUGGGAAAUUACCAGAUGUCGUUGUGGCCUGUGUCGGCGGAGGAAGCAACGCCAUUGGCUCCUUCUACGAUUUCAUCCCGGAAGCGUCCGUCCAAUUAGUUGGCGUCGAAGCUGGAGGAGAUGGUUUGGACACCGGGCGACACUCCGCUACGCUAAGCAUGGGGCACGCCGGUGUGUUUCACGGUGUACGUACGUACAUCUUGCAAUCCUCCACUGGCCAAAUCUUGGAGACGCACUCGAUCAGUGCUGGCCUGGACUACCCCGGUGUCGGCCCCGAGCACGCCUGGUUGAAGGAUUCUGGGAGGGCGAAGUACGUGGUCGCCACUGAUGAGGAAGCCCUGAGAGGCUUUAGGAUGUGCACACAGCUGGAAGGCAUCAUCCCGGCUCUGGAGUCAUCUCAUGCAAUCUGGGAGGGUGUACGAGUGGCAAAGACCUUGCCCAAGGACAAAAACCUCGUUAUCUGUCUUUCCGGUCGGGGCGACAAGGACGUCGAGCAGAUUUCGGAGCUGCUCCCGGGCAAGUGGGAGGACAUCCUCGACUGGCAUGUGACCGCGUAA